UCGAUAUGGACGAGGUGGAGCUCGCCCCGCUGCGGCCUCUCUCAGAUUUUUUGCUGGAAUCUGCCAGGUUUCAGGUGCCGUCUUUGAGAGACCCAACACGAUGGAACAACCGAAUGAUCAACAACUUGCUGUACUAUCAGACCAACUAUUUUCUCUCGGCUGUGGUGAUAUUUUUAAUAAUAGGUGUUUUGCAUCCUGUGAAAAUGGUGAUAGGAGUUCUGGCUGUGGCGGUAGUGUUCUCUGUCUUUGUGUAUGCUACAAAUAACAAAGCAGCCACAAGGCAUUUCAAGAAAGACCACCCCUUGCUGUGUAUGGGUGGUGUUUUAUUUGGUGGUUAUCUGUUGGUUUAUAUGGCAGGAGCAGUUAUUGUGUUCCUCUUCGGGAUUGCUUUACCUCUGUUUUUGAUACUUUUACAUUCAUCCCUUCGUAUGAGGAAUGUGAAGAAUCGUUUCACCAACAUCAAAAUGGAAUAUGGAGACAUUGUUGGCAUGAAGAGGACACCCAUGAACCUUAUUCUGGAUGCGUUAGGGCAGCAACCUGAAGUUGUUGCACACUGAAAUGUGAUAGUUGAGAUGUCACAUCCAGCACAAUGGGCUUCACACCUAACACAAUGAGACCUAGGUCUGGGUCAAAUGUUUGACUGUGCUGAAAACUUUUGGCUGAUUUAUAAAAUGUGCUAUUCUGAGUACAGUAGGCAUUAACAUUUGCCAAGAGACUGAGGCAGAAUAUGCAUCACUAUCACUGAAUGUGGUCAUUUGCUUUGCUUCAUUGGUGUUCUUAUGAAUUAUGAAUUUUCUGAUGGAGUUGUCCAUUUGUCAAAUUAUAUGGAACAGUUUUGAUGUGGUGCUAAGGUAAAAUCAAAAUGUACACUAAUUCAAUAAUUGAAAAUAUGAUAUUCUUUGUCUGUCUAAAACCAUACACAAAGAUGUCGCUGUGUUACAUGAACUUCAUUUUAUGAAAUAUGCUGAUGAUUUACCUAAUUGGUGGUCAAAUUAACUGUGACAUUUUACAUAUUGCCAGAACCAUGUUUCAUAUCUUUGGGACUGUAAAUGUAAAUAAUAUCAUGUAGAAAUUAUAGCAAUAU